GCCACAACCAAAACCUUCGUUCGCGAUGCCUCGCCCACACGAUCUCUGCUCGCAUAUGCAAAACGCGUUCAGAGCGCGCCACCACUCUGUUGCCGUCGACCACAACACCCAAAACCUCGGCAUCCUCUCCAUCCUCCUCCGCGCUGGCUUCCUCACUACCCUCACCCGCGGCACCAUCGAGACCCCUUCACCAGCCGAAUUCAUGAACGCAGGCGAUGCUCAGCGUCGUAUAUGGGCAGACCUCAAGUACCGUAACGACAGACCUGUGAUGGAGCGCAUGCAGCUCAUCAGCAUGCCCAGCAAGCGCAUAUUCAUGGACGUCGCGGAGAUUCGGCGGUUGUGCACGGGGCGACGAGUGCAGACCAUCAAACCGUUGGGAAUGGGAGAGAUUGCGGUCGUGCAUACGAAGAGUUCAGAGCAUGAGUGGGUAGAGGCUAGAGAUGCUUUGCGGCUCAAUCUAGGUGGAGAGGUCGUCUGCCGCGCACAGUGAUGGUUCCUUUUUCAUCCUACAGCAUCAUAUUUGUAUCUUUGGGCUUUAAUG